UCGGAGAUGAGAUAGAGACGCAAGGACAAUUUCAGCUACGAAUUUGAGUGUUUGCCAAUUAGGUCUUAGUUAAGGAACUCAAUGCACUCACAGUCGCAGUUUCACGAAAACAAGUAUGCGGUGUCUGUAGAAGGCACAGCCAUAGCUCUGACGAGAAGCUUCUAGAACCGUCGACGAAACACUCUCUCUAUUCUUUUCACUGGGUCAGUUUCUUUCUUCCAUUUUUUUCUUCAAUCUGUAAUCUUCAUGUUGAAAUCAUUUAAAUCUUCAACAAUCCAUGUGCAUAGAACAAUAUUGUUUUCCGUCAAAAUCGCAUCUUUGCCACUCUGCACCACCACCACCACUACACUUGGAGCAAAAAAGGAUCAAUUUUGGGAUAGUGCAGAAGAAGAGAGUAGUGACAAUGAAUGGGAGAGGUUACUCAAACCGUUUGGCCUCAAACAGCUUCGUAGUUCACUUUCCCCAAUUAGCCCUUCCCAGCUUUGCAAAUUGCUUUUGCUUCCACUUGACAUUCCAACUACAAUGGAGUUGUUUGAAAAAGCUGGUUCACAAAAUGGUUAUUCCCACUCCUUUGAUGUGUACUGCAUUUUGAUUGAUAAACUUGGUUCUAAUGGGGACUUCAAAACUAUAGAUUUGUUGUUGAAGCAAAUGAAGGAAGAGGGUAUUGUGUUUAAGGAAUCAAUCUUUAUCAUGAUCAUGAGGUAUUAUGGGAAAGCUGGGUUGCCGGGCCAGGCGACUCGACUUUUGUUGGAUAUGUGGGGUGUUUAUGAUUGUGAACCUAGUUUUAAGUCCUACAAUGUUGUGCUGGAGAUUCUGGUUGCCGGGAAUUGUCCUAAGGUAGCGCCGAAUGUGUUUUAUGACAUGCUGAAUAGGGGUGUUUCACCAACUGUUUCUACAUUUGGGGUGGUGAUGAAGGCAUUGUGUAUGAUUAAUGAGGUUGAUUCAGCUUGCUCACUUCUAAAGGACAUGAUGAAGCAUGGUUGUGUUCCGAAUUCGAUCAUCUACCAGACUCUAAUUCAUACUCUUUCGCAGAAUAAUAGAGUGAAUGACGCGAUGAAGCUCUUGGAGGAAAUGUUUCUGAUGGGUUGCGAACCUGAUGUGCAGACUUUCAAUGAUGUUAUUUAUGGACUCUGCCGGGCCAGCAGGAUUCAUGAGGCAGCAAAGUUGCUUGAUCGAAUGCUGCUUCGCGGUUUCAGUGCAGAUGAACUGACUUAUGGCUUUUUGAUUAAUGGAUUGUGCAGGACGGGACACGUUGAUGAAGCAAGGGCCUUGCUGAAUAAAAUUCCUAACCUGAAUGCUGUUCAUUAUAAUACAUUAAUAAAUGGCUAUGUUGCUAGGGGACGGUUUGACGAAGCAAAGGAUCUUUUGUACAAUAACAUGGUAAUUUCAGGCUACAAACCCGAUGGCUUCACAUUUAAUAUAAUGAUUGAUGGGCUUUGCAAGAAGGGGCGCCUGGUCUCGGCUCUUGAAUUCUUACAUGAGAUGGUAACAAAAGGUUUUGAGCCCUGCGUGGUCACAUACACUAUAUUGAUAAAUGGCUUCUGCAAGCAAGGUCGAUUAGAUGAAGCUGCGGAAGUCGUGAAUGCCAUGUGGGCUAAAGGUCUCAGUUUAAACACAGUGGGAUACAAUUGCUUGAUAAGUGCUCUGUGUAAAGAUGGGAGGACUGAAGAAGCUCUACAAUUGUUUGGUGAGAUGUCAAGCAAAGGAUGUAAACCUGACAUUUAUACAUUUAAUUCUUUAAUAUUUGGAAUGUGCAACGAUGACAAGAUGGAAGAGGCUCUGCGCUUGUAUCGUGACAUGUUCAUGGAGGGUGUUAUUGCCAACACUGUGACAUACAACACAUUGAUUCAUGCAUUUAUUAGGAGAGGCUCAAUUCAACAAGCAUUUAAGCUCGUUGAUGAGAUGAUAUUUCGAGGGUGCCCUCUCGACAAUAUUACAUAUACGACACUUAUUAAAGCUCUAUGUAUGGCCGGGGCAGUAGAAAAAGGAUUGGCAUUGUUUGAGGAAAUGCUUGGGAAAGGGAUAUUUCCUGAUACCAACUGUUGCAAUAUUCUGAUCAAUGCCUUUUGUAGAAUCGGAAAGGUAAACGAUGCUCUUCAAUUUCUUCGGGAAAUGAUUCAUCGUGGUUUGAUUCCUGAUAUAGUCACUUAUAACUGUCUGAUCAAUGGUCUUUGUAAGAUGGGUCAUCUUCAGGAAGCUUUGAAUCUUUUUAACAGGUUACAAGCCGAAGGAAUGCGUCCCGAUGCUAUCACGUAUAACACACUUGUCAGUAGAUACUGCUACGAGGGAUUGUUUAAUGAAGCAUGUUUGAUGAUGUAUAAAGGUGUGGAUAACGGGUUCGUGCCCAAUGAAAUCACUUGGUACAUAUUGCUAAAUUAUUUUGCAAGAGUUUUAAGGGGAGUAGGACCUUCUUCUAGGGUUGAUAUGGGCUAUGCAAGUUGGGGAUAAACCCUCUCAUUUGCUGGUGGAUCUCAUUUGAUUUGUCUGUUGGCAUGAUGAAUAUCAGAUUAUACUGGUUGUCCAUUUGAAUCAAUUGAUUUUUCUCAUGUGAAACUAGAAUCUCAACAAUAUUUUUCUGUUCAGCACCAGUUCUCAAUCUCCAAUUGUACAGAUCUUAUGUAUAAAGCAAGAGGGACAUGGAUGCUGAAGAGGGGUGAGGAUGUGCUUGUGCUUGUGCAAUUAAGAUGAUAAUAUGUGCAUUAUCAUCAUCUGCUGGCUCUCAUUAUGUUACAACUCAUGCAAAUAGAAAAAGAAUGUAAUAUACCUAGAUUUGUAAAUAUUGCUAGUCAGUUUAUACCAUUUUAACAUUAUUUAUUUAUUUAUUUUGUGUUUUGGCAUCUAUCUGUGAUUGCAGAAUAUUGCUCUCAUUGUGUAUGUUACUGUUACUGGAACCACUGAGCUGACAUCAAAAUUUGCAUACCACAUUUGUAAAAGAAAAAAAAAAUAUUUCUGUGUUCAA